CUGUAUCUGAGAUGAACAUCUGAGGUGGGUCCUGUAUCUGAGAUGAACAUCACUGAGGUGGGUCCUGUAUCUGAGAUGAACAUCACUGAGGUGGGUCCUGUAUCUGAGAUGAACAUCACUGAGGUGGGUCCUGUAUCUGAGAUGAACAUCUCUGAGGUGGGUCCUGUAUCUGAGAUGAACAUCACUGAGGUGGGUCCUGUAUCUGAGAUGAACAUCACUGAGGUGGGUCCUGUAUCUGAGAUGAACAUCACUGAGGUGGGUCCUGUAUCUGAGAUGAACAUCACUGAGGUGGGUCCUGUAUCUGAGAUGAACAUCACUGAGGUGGGUCCUGUAUCUGAGAUGAACAUCACUGAGGUGGGUCCUGUAUCUGAGAUGAACAUCUCUGAGGUGGGUCCUGUAUCUGAGAUGAACAUCACUGAGGUGGGUCCUGUAUCUGAGAUGAACAUCUCUGAGGUGGGUCCUGUAUCUGAGAUGAACAUCACUGAGGUGGGUCCUGUAUCUGAGAUGAACAUCUCUGAGGUGGGUCCUGUAUCUGAGAUGAACAUCUCUGAGGUGGGUCCUGUAUCUGAGAUGAACAUCACUGAGGUGGGUCCUGUAUCUGAGAUGAACAUCACUGAGGUGGGUCCUGUAUCUGAGAUGAACAUCUCUGAGGUGGGUCCUGUAUCUGAGAUGAACAUCUCUGAGGUGGGUCCUGUAUCUGAGAUGAACAUCUCUGAGGUGGGUCCUGUAUCUGAGAUGAACAUCUCUGAGGUGGGUCCUGUAUCUGAGAUGAACAUCUCUGAGGUGGGUCCUGUAUCUGAGAUGAACAUCAUUGAGGUGGGUCCUGUAUCUGAGAUGAACAUCACUGAGGUGGGUCCUGUAUCUGAGAUGAACAUCACUGAGGUGGGUCCUGUAUCUGAGAUGAACAUCUCUGAGGUGGGUCCUGUAUCUGAGAUGAACAUCAGUGAGGUGGGUCCUGUAUCUGAGAUGAACAUCUCUGAGGUGGGUCCUGUAUCUGAGAUGAACAUCUCUGAGGUGGGUCCUGUAUCUGAGAUGAACAUCUCUGAGGUGGGUCCUGUAUCUGAGAUGAACAUCACUGAGGUGGGUCCUGUAUCUGAGAUGAACAUCACUGAGGUGGGUCCUGUAUCUGAGAUGAACAUCACUGAGGUGGGUCCUGUAUCUGAGAUGAACAUCACUGAGGUGGGUCCUGUAUCUGAGAUGAACAUCACUGAGGUGGGUCCUGUAUCUGAGAUGAACAUCACUGAGGUGGGUCCUGUAUCUGAGAUGAACAUCUCUGAGGUGGGUCCUGUAUCUGAGAUGAACAUCACUGAGGUGGGUCCUGUAUCUGAGAUGAACAUCUCUGAGGUGGGUCCUGUAUCUGAGAUGAACAUCUCUGAGGUGGGUCCUGUAUCUGAGAUGAACAUCUCCGAGGUGGGUCCUGUAUCUGAGAUGAACAUCUCUGAGGUGGGUCCUGUAUCUGAGAUGAACAUCGCUGAGGUGGGUCCUGUAUCUGAGAUGAACAUCACUGAGGUGGGUCCUGUAUCUGAGAUGAACAUCUCUGAGGUGGGUCCUGUAUCUGAGAUGAACAUCUCUGAGGUGGGUCCUGUAUCUGAGAUGAACAUCUCUGAGGUGGGUCCUGUAUCUGAGAUGAACAUCGCUGAGGUGGGUCCUGUAUCUGAGAUGAACAUCACUGAGGUGGGUCCUGUAUCUGAGAUGAACAUCACUGAGGUGGGUCCUGUAUCUGAGAUGAACAUCACUGAGGUGGGUCCUGUAUCUGAGAUGAACAUCAAUGAGGUGGGUCCUGUAUCUGAGAUGAAUAUCUGAGGUGGGUCCUGUAUCUGAGAUGUACAUCACUGAGGUGGGUCCUGUAUCUGAGAUGAACAUCAAUGAGGUGGGUCCUGUAUCUGAGAUGAAUAUCUGAGGUGGGUCCUGUAUCUGAGAUGUACAUCACUGAGGUGGGUCCUGUAUCUGAGAUGUACAUCACUGAGGUGGGUCCUGUAUCUGAGAUGAACAUCACUGAGGUGGGUCCUGUAUCUGAGAUGAACAUCUCUGAGGUGGGUCCUGUAUCUGAGAUGAACAUCACUGAGGUGGGUCCUGUAUCUGAGAUGAACAUCACUGAGGUGGGUCCUGUAUCUGAGAUGAACAUCACUGAGGUGGGUCCUGUAUCUGAGAUGAACAUCUCUGAGGUGGGUCCUGUAUCUGAGAUGAACAUCACUGAGGUGGGUCCUGUAUCUGAGAUGAA